UACAAUCACGUAGCGUGCCGCUUUGUUUACAAUUAUUUAACAAAGAAAAAUACAAGAUUAUUCGACACUUGACCAAAAGUUUACUGAUAAAAGCGAUCAGUAAACCACUUUUUGUUCAACCAACUUCACAACUAUCCAAGAUGCCGAGAGGAAAAAAGACAAAGGAAGAAACGACCGAGCAAGUUGAGGCAGAGACAACAAGUCCGAAGAAAGCUGUCAAGAAAAAGGCAGAGAAAUCAGGUGAUGCAGAUGGAGAACCAGCAGCUAAAAAAUCGAAAGCCAGCAAGGCUGAAGAGAAGAGCAAGCUACGUAAAGAGUCCUCGUUGACAAAGGGCAUGGAUUUCUCCCACACAUGUCAGACCAAGGAUGGACGCUCACCCAACUGGAAGAUUGCUUCAUGGAAUGUCAAUGGCAUUCGGGCUUGGAUGGAUAAAGGUGGCCUGUCCUACCUGACAGAUGAGAACCCGGAUGUUCUGUGUAUCCAGGAGACAAAGUGCGCUACUGAGGACAUUCCAUCCGAUGUCAAGGUUCCAGGUUACUAUGACUACUGGAGCUCCGCAGAGAAGGCUGGCUAUGCGGGCACUGCCAUCUACAGCAAGACAGAGCCUAUUAAAAUCACGUAUGGGCUGGGUAUCCCGAAACACGAUGACGAGGGCCGGGUGAUCACGGCUGAGUUUGACAAAUUCUAUCUUGUCACAUCCUAUGUGCCGAAUGCUGGCCGUGGGCUGCCUAGGUUGCCAUACCGUGCUAAGGAGUGGGAUGUGGACUUCCGGAACUACUUGAACAACCUGAAUAAGACCAAGCCAGUCGUUAUGUGCGGGGACCUAAAUGUCGCGCAUGAGGAAAUUGAUAUUGCCAACCCUAAGACGAACAAGAAGAGUGCUGGUUUUACUGCUGAGGAGCGACAGGGAUUCACAGAUCUGUUGGCCGAGGGUUACAUCGACUCAUUUCGGGAACUCUACCCCGAGGAGAAGGGCGCGUACACAUUCUGGACAUAUAUGGGCAAUGCCAGAGGAAAAAAUGUCGGCUGGCGUCUCGACUACUUCGUGCUGUCAGAGAAACUGCGGGACGAUUUGUGUGACAACGUAAUCCGUAAAGACGUAAUGGGGAGUGACCACUGCCCCAUAGUGCUCUACAUGGCCUUUAAGUGAACAGUGAUUAGUGAUUCACUAGGUAAAGGCGAAGCUUGAGAAGAUUGACUCUCAAGGACGUUUUAGAAUCUCUAGUAUUAGGAAAUGCAAUCGGUGAAAUGAUUGUUGAGAAUUUUUAUUAUUGUUUGGAAUCAUGUUUGUUACAUUUUGUGAGACAUGAAUCAAGCCUUGUGAUCAGUUAAGGCCAAGAGUCGUUAAUUAGCAAACUGUUUUGUUUCACUGUAAUAUCGUAGCACAUAUAUCUACAAGAGGAUAAAUAACUUCCCAUGGUAGCUAUCGUGAGGGACUAUUACCUUAAACUGAACUCCGGGCAGGUCUCUGUACAAAUUGUUGAUGAUUAAAAUAACAUUUGAAGAAACAUAAUGUACACAUAUUAUAAUACAUGUACCAGUAGCUUUGUUUAAGUAUUGUUCCAGAAGUUCUGUUCUUGCAUAAAUUUUGAUAUAAUUCAGGUGCUAGUUUUGUGACAGGACAGUUAAACAGACAAGAUUUUAUUGGGAUUUAAUAGUCAUCGACUAAAUAAGAUUAUAUAACAAUUUUUUGGAAAGUCUGCUACUUAACGUUCUCACUAGUUUUCCUUCAUCAUUGUCAUAUGUGUUGUUUUAUAUUGUGCUUAUGUCUUCAAUGUAGGAUGUCCUGUUUAACGUAGAACCAAUGCACUUGUUGGAUGCCAUAGACUUUUUAUAUGUUGUCAAAAUAAAUUGUUAAAUUUA